AUGGAUCCAGACGGCCCUUCCAGCCACACGGAGCCCAUGGACCUCCUGGCUCCUUAUGCCGCAGAAGCUCCAGGAUGUAGGCCUGGAGAAAGCCUCUUUAGGAUUCAAGAUGCGAUUGUGUUCUCCGAUAAUUACACAGACCCGGGCAGUGCCUUGUACGCCCAGUCCCCCUCGAGCCCGGAGGGCCACGGUGUUGGCAGCUGCUCCUUGGAAGUCGCUGCCGGGGACUGCGAGACGUCUCCGGAAGAAUUUGCUGGCCUGGGGGGUGGAGAGAUGCUGUGCGCCGUGGGGAACGCACUUGGUUCGGAGAUCCCUGCAGUGGAAUCUCCACCCCCUCCAGCGGAGAACCCGAAUGCUCAGGACGAGGGGAAGAAUGACGCUGCCCAAGCACUGUUCUGGUCCGGGAUCCUCCAAGCUCAGCUGUGCGUGCUGGACCUGCAAGGGGAGCUGGAGAAGCAAGAAGAGCCUGUUGCUGAGCUAAGCAGCUGGUCCCGGGGCCCUGAGGACGCACUGAGCCGCGACCCGGCUGCACAGGGCUUGCCCAUCUCCUGGGAGCCGCUGGACGAAAGAGCCACCGCGGCCAGCGACAGCGAUGACGGGCAAGAGGCCGGCCCAGCGAGGCAGGAGGAGGAGAGCUGGUCGUCCGAGGGGGAGGAGGAGGAAGAGCAGUGCCUCUUCUACAACAACCCGCUCUUCCAGGAGAGCCCGGGUCCCGCAGGGCCCAGCCCCUCUGACGGCCCUGCCUUUUGGAGCGCCGCCGAGGGGGACCGCACUGGUUCCAGCGAUGAGGCCGAUGGGGCUCCCCAGGGCGAGCCGGUGUCAGGUGGCCAGCAGGAGGAAGAGCUCUCGUGCCCCUUCGCUGAGGCGACCGAACCGGGAGCCGAGGAUGAGACGUCGUGCGAUUUCCCCGCCUACACGAUGCACUGCAGCACCUGGGCCCCCUUGGUGAUCACGGAACGGGACAUCGACGGGGCCUGCUCGAUGGCCGAGGACCCGGAGGCCCCGGGCCGCCCCCCCGACCAGCUGGCAGAUGGAGCCGUCUGCCGCCCCACGGUUGUCCUGUGCAGCGCGGAGUUGGAUCUCAGUGGUGCUCUGGACCAGGGGGAGGGCGGCUUGCUGUUUUCGGCUUCCAGCACCUUCAUGGUAUCGACCCUGCUGCACACCGAAGACUGGGACCACCCCAACCCCUGCGAGCUCCAGCCUCCGAGUCCCUCUCCAGGCGGAGGCAGCUGGAGCCCCGAGGCCUCCCCGCAGCACACCGCGGAACCAGCUCAGCACCAGGAGGCGGAUUUGGAGCUGCCAGCCCUUGACCAUGACAGCCUGGUGCCCCCCUGCCUGGUGGCAAAGGCGUCCCGGAGCACUUCCUGCCCGCGAGGGGAAGUCACUGCGGCCGAGUCCCCGGCUGAGUCGCUCGACGCGGUGGAGGGGAAGCCGGGCAGCGUGGCGCAGGGGCAGGAGAUGGAGGAACUACCCCCCAUGCCUGGAGAUGAGCCUGUGCUGGGGGAGGAAGGCAGGCCGGAGCCCACCCCGGGGUGUCCCAAGCAGGAGGACGCAGGGGAGAAGCCAGGAGAUCUGGAAGUGCCGCAGCCCGACGGGGCCCUGCUUGCCAACGGGGCCUCUGGGGACCAGGGGGCCGCUCAGCGGCUGGCAGCGCGGCUCUACCACUUGGACGGCUUCAAGAGGUCGCAGGUGGCCUCCUACCUCAGGAAGAACAACGAGUUCAGCCAGCAGGUGGCGGAGGAGUACCUCACCUUCUUCCAGUUCAGCGGGCAGACUCUGGACCGUGCGCUCAGGUCCUUCCUCAAGGCCUUCGUGCUGACUGGAGAGACGCAGGAGCGGGAGCGGAUCCUCGGACACUUCUCUAAGCGCUACCAUCUCAGCAACCCCGACGCCUUCCCCUCGGCAGAUGCUGUGCACACCCUGACCUGCGCCCUCAUGCUGCUCAACACGGACCUGCACGGGCAGAACAUCGGCCGCAGCAUGACCUGCCACGAGUUUGUAACCAACCUGGACGGCAUGAGGGACGGGCAGAACUUCCCCAAAGAUCAGCUCAAGGCCCUGUACUACUCCAUCCGCAACGAGAAGCUGGAGUGGGCCAUGGACGAGGAGGAGCUGGUCAGCACCCUGACGCCCCGGCCACCCAGCACCCCGUCCAGCCGGAAGAAAAGUAACCCCUUCCUGACGCUGACCCAGGACGCCAAGGCCACCACGUACAAGGAGGGGCAGCUCGCCCGCAAGGUGCACGCCGAAGCCGACGGCAAGAAGACACCCUGGGGGAAGCGAGGCUGGAAAACCUUUUACACAGUGCUCAAGGGGAUGGUGCUCUACUUCCUCAAGGACGAGACCCGGGCGGAGGCGCCAGGCAUGGAGGAGCCGAUCGGGGUGCACCAUGCGCUGGCCGAGAGAGCCUGCAAGUACAACAAGCGCCCGCACGUCUUCCGCCUCCAGACGGCCGACUGGCGUGUCUUCCUCUUCCAGGCGCUAAGCGCCGAGGAGAUGAGCUCCUGGAUCUCCCGCAUCAACCUGGUGGCCGCCAUGUUCUCGUCCCCGCCCUUCCCGGCGGCCGUGGGCUCCCAGCGCAAGUUCAUCCGGCCCAUCCUGCCCACGGCACAGUGCCGCAGCUCCCUGGAGGAGCAGCACCAGGCCCACGAGGCGUGCAUGGACAAGUUCUCGGAUGAGCUGGGCGAGCACCAGCGGAACCUGCCCGACAAGCGGGGCCGGGGCCGCGACCUGGAGGAGUAUCGGCUCAAGAAGGAGUAUCUGCUCUAUGAGAAGCGCCGCUACGAGACCUACGUGAAGCUGCUGGAGGCGCGGCUGUGCGGGGGCUCCGAGGCGCUGGAGCAGUGGGAGGCACGGCUCGGGGGCACCGACUCAGCUGACGAGGGGCUCGGCCUCACCAAGUCGCACUCCAGCCCCUCGCUCAACCUGGACCCGCCACCCGCCGGCGUGAAGGUCAAACGCAACAUCUCUGAGCGCAGGACGGUCCGCAAGAUCAUCCCCAAGCGCAACAAGCAGCUGCUGUGA